CUUCCGCUUCCGGCAUUGGAGGCUGUAGCCUCGCUCUGGUCCCUGCGGCUGGCGGCCGAGCCGUGUGUCUCCUCCUCCGCCGCCGCCAUAUUGUCUGUGUGAGGAGAGGGGAGCGCGGCUGCUGCCGCUGCCGCUUCCACCGCAGCCAAGAACUUUGGGUGGAGUCAGAGAUUUCAUCCUGCCAUUCUGGGAGCUGGCAACAGGGAAAUUAUGAAUGCAGCAGCCUUGUGCAGCAAAGAGAACCCUAGCUGACAGUCAUCAUCAGCGCCAGAUCUCCAGUCCUACAGCCAUAAGAAAUUUGAAGAAAAUAGGUCUGAAACAAGGUCUUAUCCACAUCUGUCUCUGAAUACAGUGACUGCCAGAUCUUCAAACAUCAAAUUCAGCUUUGUCUGCCAACCUGUCUGACAUGUCGGGACCCGUGCCAAGCAGGGCCAGAGUUUACACAGAUGUUAACACGCACAGACCCCGAGAAUAUUGGGAUUAUGAGUCACAUGUGGUGGAAUGGGGAAAUCAAGAUGACUACCAGCUUGUUCGAAAAUUAGGCAGGGGCAAAUACAGUGAAGUGUUUGAAGCCAUCAACAUCACAAAUAAUGAAAAAGUUGUUGUUAAAAUUCUCAAGCCAGUAAAAAAGAAGAAAAUUAAGCGUGAAAUAAAGAUUUUGGAGAAUUUGAGAGGCGGUCCCAACAUUAUCACACUUGCAGACAUUGUAAAAGACCCUGUGUCACGAACACCCGCCUUGGUUUUUGAACAUGUAAACAACACAGACUUCAAGCAAUUGUAUCAGACAUUAACAGACUAUGACAUUCGAUUUUACAUGUAUGAAAUUCUAAAAGCCCUGGAUUAUUGUCACAGCAUGGGGAUUAUGCACAGAGAUGUAAAACCCCAUAAUGUCAUGAUUGAUCAUGAGCACAGAAAGCUAAGGCUAAUAGACUGGGGCUUAGCUGAAUUUUAUCAUCCUGGCCAAGAAUAUAAUGUCCGAGUUGCUUCCCGAUACUUCAAAGGUCCAGAACUACUUGUAGAUUAUCAGAUGUAUGAUUAUAGUUUGGAUAUGUGGAGCUUGGGUUGUAUGCUGGCAAGUAUGAUCUUCCGGAAGGAGCCAUUUUUCCAUGGACAUGACAAUUAUGAUCAGUUGGUGAGGAUAGCCAAGGUUCUGGGAACAGAAGAUUUAUAUGACUACAUCGACAAGUACAACAUUGAAUUAGAUCCACGUUUCAACGAUAUCUUGGGCAGACACUCUCGUAAGCGAUGGGAACGCUUUGUCCACAGUGAAAACCAGCACCUUGUUAGCCCUGAGGCCUUGGAUUUUCUGGACAAGCUCCUACGAUAUGACCACCAGUCACGGCUCACUGCAAGAGAGGCCAUGGAGCACCCUUAUUUCUACACUGUUGUGAAGGACCAGGCUCGAAUGAGUUCAUCUAGCAUGCCAGGGGGCAGUACACCUGUCAGCAGCGCCAAUAUGAUGUCAGGGAUCUCUUCAGUGCCAACCCCUUCACCCCUUGGACCUCUGGCAGGCUCACCAGUGAUUGCUGCUGCCAACCCCUUGGGAUGCCUGUUCCAGCUGCCGCUGGCGCUCAGCAGUAAUGACCCCCAUCUAUCUCCUGAUGCCUAAGCAGAGGUGGGGAAGUCCACCCUCUCCUUGAUGCAGCUUGCGCCUGGUUGGGAGGGGUGAGGACUCUUCAGAAGCACCGUCUCUGAACCGUUGCUUGUGGAUUUAGUAGUUGAGUCAUAAAAAAAAUUAUAAUAGG